UUUAAGUAUACCUAUCUUAUCAUCAAUAAACUCAACAUGGGCAAUUAUCAAUAUUAUCAACACACAAAUCGGUUGGCAGCUAGUCGCCACAGUGCCGCCGGCUAAGAGAAUGGUGAAAGUACAGGUGAAGCAGGGUUGGCUGGAAGGUGACCGUCGCGAGGUGGUGACCGAAGAUGGCUUCUACUACAGCUUCAAGGGCGUGCCCUACGCCGCGCCACCUGUCGGCAAGUUGAGAUUCAAGGCACCUCAACCUCUACUACCUUGGAAUGGCGUCCGGAACGCAACGGAACACGGCCCGGUCUGCCCUCAAGAAGACAUCUUCACCAAACAGUUAAUCCCAGGCAGUGAAGACUGCCUGUACCUCAACGUGUACUCCCCAGACCUCGAGCCAGCCACACCUCUCCCUGUCAUGGUCUUCAUUCAUGGAGGUGGUUUCAGAAGCGGCUCCGGAAACGACUCCCACUACGGACCUGACUUCUUAGUCAAACAUGACGUAGUCCUAGUCACUAUAAACUACAGAUUAGAAGCCUUCGGAUUCCUUUGUCUUGACACAAAAGAUGUCCCUGGCAAUGCGGGUAUGAAGGACCAAGUGGCAGCACUAAAAUGGGUGAAAGAAAACAUUGAUAAGUUCGGUGGUGAUCCCUCUAAUGUGACUGUCUUUGGUGAGAGUGCUGGCGGAGCAUCUACUACGCUACAUGUCUUAUCCCCGAUGUCAAAAGGCUUAUUCAAGAGAGCUAUUCCAAUGAGCGGCGUGCCACUUUGUGACUGGUCCAUGCCCUUUGAACCAGCUAGACGAGCCUUCACUCUCGGGAAAAUUCUUGGAUUUGAAACUGAUGAUCCAGAAAAGCUUCUCGAGUUCUUACAAAGUGUUCCUGCCGAGAAGUUAAUACUCACCAACCCUUGCAUUGUGAGUUUGGAAGAGAAAGCAAACAACCUUUUAAAAAUGUAUCACUUUACACCCGUUGUGGAGAAGAAUCUUGGUCAAGAAUAUUUUAUGAUCGAAGAACCGUUAGAAAUUCUGAAAAAGGGAACGGGCAAUGAAGUAGACGUGUUUAUCGGACACACUAGUGCGGAAUGCCUCAUUGGAUUAGAACCUUACGAAACAUACUUGUUGAAGGAUUACAACAGAUAUCCAGAAAUAUUGGUACCGAGAGAACUGCUUUACAAAUGCAGUCCAAAGACUGUAUUACAACUGUCUGAAAAAAUACAUCAGCAUUAUUUUGGAAAGACAUUGCUUACCACUGAUAUAAUGAAAGAAUUUAUUAACUAUGUGAAUGACACAAGUUUUAUUUAUGCUAUACAUAGGGUGCUCGACCAUUUACCGAAGAUCAAGAAUAGCAAGACAUAUUUCUAUAGAUUCUCUUGUAUUUCUGAAAGGAACAUAUUCGGCGCUGCGGGUUUGAAGUAUGGUAUCAACGGGGCCAGUCAUCUAGAUGAUUUGAUGUACCUGUUUCAGGCUAAUUUUGCGAAUAUACCAAUUGACAAGAAUGGCAAAGGAUAUCAGAUGGUGAAGUUAGUGGGCAAGGUUUUCACCAAUUUUGCUAAAUAUGGCACCCCCACUCCAGACUCGUCGCUAGGCCCUGUGGCGCCCCCCUACAGCAGCUCCGAGAGUUACGUGGACAUCUCCGACGCGCUGCGAGUGGGGCAGUCACUGGAUGCGGACGCUGUGGCCUUCUGGAGGGAACUGUAUGACGCUGCUGGCGUGGAGUUUUGAGAGUUCAUGUUCUUGACUAAGUUAACAGUUAGAGCGGUUUCAGUAUAAGAGCGUUUUCACAUUAUCCGAACCGAUGGCUCCGUUCUAAAGCUUUUCCAGUUUUAAAAAUGUCAUUAGUGCUUUUGUAAGCUAAAAUUGUGUGUCUACGAGCCUAUAUAAGUUUUAUCUUUUGUUUUGCUACUUUGUGUAUUUUCUUUUUGUUUUUCUGUAAAGGAAUGUUUUUUUAUGUACAUAAUUUUCGGUAAUUGUGACAUUCACACAUGUAUACACAUUCACAAAAACGAACAGUAAAUUUACUUUACAAAAAUAUUCAUUAUUUAACUCUUCGAGAGCACGAAAUAUCUCUGGUUUGAUUUCACAUCAGCAAUAUCAAACCAAAUAUCCAAUAACUUCCAUUCCAUUUACUAGCAAAGCACGAAAAUAAGCAAUAAUCUAAACGGGGAUAAACAAAUAUUUGGAGCUAAUCUGAACCUCUGCAAUAGAUCGUAGAAUCCCGUAGAUGACGAGUAUGUGACGCCAUCAUGGCACCACUUUUCCAUUACGACUACGACUGAUAGCCAGUUGGUCACCAAAAUUCAUAUAAGUUUCAUAAAGUUGGAAAGAAAAAGCGGUACAGUGUACUGAUUGGGAAUCGAGUAGAGUAGCUACAUAUCUCCCUUUAAUG